GAUGGCGGUCCCUACAAAACAGUACGGGCUGAUCUUGCCGCAGAAGAAAGGAGCGUCAAAGACGGCAACCCUGCCGAGACCCUCGGUGUUUGGGGAUGACUCUGAUGAGGAGACUUCAGUUGGGGAAAGUCUGCAGAGAGAAGCUAUCAAGAAGAAGAUGAUGAAACAGACACGUUUGGAGAUGCAGAAGGCCCUGGAACAGGACAGCACUGUGUACGACUACGAUGGCGUGUACGAUGACAUUCAAAAACAAAGACAAGAGAGCAACAAGAAAGUUCUUGGAGGGGUAGAUAAAAAGCCAAAGUAUAUCCAUCAGUUAAUGAAAGCAGUCGAGGACCGAAAGAAAGAACAAGAACGGCGGGAAGACCGGAAGAUCCAGAAGGAAAGGGAGGCAGAGGGGGAGAAGUUUGCCGAUAAAGAGGCUUACGUUACCUCCGCCUACAAACAAAAACUGCUGGAGCAGAAGGAAGAGCAGGAGAGGGAGAAGAGAGAGGCAGAGAUGGAAGCCGCUUUGGAUGUGAAGAAACAAAAAGAUCUGAGUGGCUUCUACCGACACCUGCUGAAUCAGACUGUGGGAGAGGAGGCGAUACCAGAUCGCUCAGCUAACAGAACUCCAACAUCAAAGGUUUCAAAAGACACAGAGACAAAGACAACCUCACCCGUUCCCUCACCUACAUCCCAUGACAAUAUCCCGAGUUCCUGUAGUGACAGCGAGGAAGGGCAUGAGCAGAAGUCUGGCUUUAGCAAGCCUGGGGCUGGUUCUACACACUCAAAACGUCAGUACAGACAGAGGUCGCCUUCAUCAGGGAGUGGGGAAGAAAAGGAGAAGGAGAAAGAGAAGGAGAGGGACAGACAAAAGAAGGGCAACAGAGAACAAGACAGAGACAGAGUUAGAGGGAGGGACAGGGAUAGAGACAGAAACAGGGGAAGGGAAAGGGAUGACAGGCAUGGAGGAAGAAGAGACGACAGAGAUAGAAGGAAAGACAGGGAGAGGGACAGAGACAGAGGCAGAGAAGAUGACAGAAGCAGAGGCAGGGGGAAUACAGAGAGGGAAGACAGGCACGGGAAGAGGGAGAGGAGUCCUAAAGACAGAGAGCGUGAUAAGAAUGGGGAAAGAGAAAGGAGGAGGAAUCCAGAAGAAGACAAGCGGAAAGAUAAAGAUCGAGAUGAAGAAGAGGAGAGAAGGAUGGACCCAGAGAAGGAGAAAAUGCUGAAGAGGGACGAGAAAGAUCCCGAAAAGAAGGAAGCUGUUGGAGAACAGAAAAGGGAAAGUAAGGAAGGUGAGGAGAAAGAAGAAACUGAGGAGAUGGUGAACAAGUUUGCUAAGCGCUGCAAUGAUAAUACUGUGAGUUCGGCCAGAGAAAGGUACCUGGCCAGACAGAUGGCACGCUCAGCCUCGAAGACCUAUAUCGAGAAGGAAGAAGACUGAGAGCGGUCCAGUUCAUUAUGCAAACAUUGCAAACAUCGCUGAAUUCACUAGAAAAACACUCAUAUCUGCAAGGCUGAUAUUCCAUAUGUGACUUACUGUCAACAAAUCCCAUGAACAAAAGCAACAAUGAGUUAAUCUCUCAAUAUUUUGUUGACUUCUCUACCUGUGUGUGUGUUUGACUUUAUUCAAGAUGUUUCAAUAAUGUAUGUUUGCAUGUAAUUUCCUAUAACAGCGGGGUACUCUAAUUUCUAACAAAUGUUCUUCAACCAGGACUAAAGUGUGCAUUUAUUGAGCUGCAGAUGAAAACACUUGUGAGUGUUUAUAGCAGAGGGGCAGUGUAUGUGAGACUUAAAACCAAACUACAGUGACUAUGUUCAGCAUAAGGAUGGUGACAAUGCAACAAUGAAUUAUUAGUUUAUUAUAAAUUGUUCAUGGUGGUAAAUAUUUAAUUAUGGUUGCAGUUAAUUUUCAAGCAGUAAUGCAGAACAUUUUAUGGUUCAAGCUUCUCAAAUGUAAGAAUCUAAUGACAUCACCAAUCUGAUGACAUCACCAGUCUGAUGACAUCACCUUGGGUUCUACAAAAUUGUGAUGGGCACUUUUUCUCCAUAUUUUGAUAUUUCAUACACCAAAAUGAAUCAUUAAUUGAAGCCAUUGGUAGCUGCAGGUCUAGUCUUGAUGUAUGUUUAAUUGUGGUGGUCUACAGCACUGAAGAAUCAUUCAUAUCACGCUCCGACUGCAUGCAACACCUGUUUGUAGAAGGCAUUUAUUUUACAUGAGAUUUGUUGACAGUAAGAAAUGUAUAGAGUAUAUAACGAGCCAGCCUUAUGCUGCAACCUCUGACAUCAUCGUGCACUGCAGUGGACAGAUUCAAACAGCAGAGUGUGUCCAUGAGACGCGGACAGUAAACGAUGUAUUGAUGUAUUAUUGUGAAAAUAGGAAUGCUGAUUUAUAAAUGUGUUUUGAGCCUUCAUCACAUACAUGAAUGAGUGUACAGGAAAUUGUUAUCUUAUUGAUUAAUUGGGGAGACGGAUGAAUGCGGAGUGACGUGUGAGGCAGUGAUGGAUCUGAUUAGCUUUGUUGAGGUUUUUGUAUUUUUCUGGUGUAGUUUGUGCCGAGUAAAUAAAACAAUUUCAAGACCA